AUGUCUAGUGUGUUGAAUAACUUGGAUGACAUCGUUCAUUCCUAUCAACAAUUAUUGGUUGCUACGGAUUCCGUCAAGGAGACUUUGUCAAACAAUCGCGACCUGACAAAACACUUUAUUCGCCAAAAUACUGCACAAUUAUUCGAUGCUGUACGUAGUCGAGAAACCUGGCUAUUAGACCAAGCCGAUUUACUAUACCAAACCAAAAUAGAUUUGCUACAAGAUCGGCGUGAAUUAAUUAAUCAAGCAAUUGGCUCUUAUCAUCAAGUUAAAAUCAACUCAGAGGAUAUGAAUGAGUUGCCCAGCGUGAAGGAUAGCUUUCGAUGCCGAAUUGACAACAUGGAGACCUUCAUUAAUCAACAACAACAACUUGCUUCUAGUGGUUGCAUAAACUUUAAUUCUGAGACCGAAAAACUAAUCAAACAACUAAACAAUUUUGGUAGAAUUGACACAUGCGAUGGCCAAUCCAAUUGCCAGUGUUUAAACUAUGUAAGAAGCGUAGCUUUUGAAACUCCAUUGAUGCAAAACGCUAAUAAAACAGUUGAAGAUGACGACCAGGAUCAAAUUAUUGCUAGCGAUACACCCACAGCUAUCGAAGAAUGCAUUCCGCGUGUGACUUCUAAUUCACCUAGUCAAGAUACAAAUUAUCAAAUGAAAACUUAUAACAAUCUUGAUAGAAAGCGAAAAAAUUGUUGCGGCAAUAAGUACAACUGUGCUGCCUUAUCGUCCAUCAUUCAAUCUAAAAAUAAUCAGUAUUCAUCUGAAAAGUGGCUUCAAAGCAAAUCAACACCACAAAAUGAAAAGGAACCAGAGUCUUUUCCUAUAAAAAGCCAAUAUCCCCAUAACAGCAGUGACUGUCAGCAAAAUACAGGACCCUAUGAUAGCAAGAAGAAAAAUUCAUUGAUGCUAGACACUGAUCAUUGGUUAGUUGAGCGCAACUCUCAAUUACAAAAUACACCUUCGACAACCUUGAUAAAUACCAUAACCACGUUUCCUGUUUUUCACCAAAAAGAUGACAUCAAGACAUGGUUAAGUAACGAGAAAGAAAUCAACAAUAAUCCUGUUGAGAAUUUGAAAUGGAAACAUGAUGAUGAUUUAAACAACCAAUGGAAUAAGUCAUUCGAUUCUCGUUCUGAAGCUUCGUCAAUUUACACCUUUACUUUUCCUUAUGACAACUCAGAUUCCAAUUUAUGGCUUGCAAAACGCUUUAAAUCGGAUGAUACCAACCAAGAUGCUUCAAAUCGAUCAUUGUACGAUAGAAAAAGUGACCAUUCAGAAAUGGCACAUGCUGUAAACAAUGAUUCGAAUAAUACUGAAGUUUGGGAUUUAUCAAAUUGGCUGGCCGGGCAACCUAUUACAGAUACUACCAAAGAUGAAACUAAUGACUUUUUACGUGAUGUUGCGCAGUAUUUUCGUCUUGUUCGCGUAGAAGAUUCAAAUAAAUGGUUGGCAAAUAAUCAUCUUACUGCAAAUGAUGAAUCUAGUACUAUUGUUGAAAAUUUACAAUCCAUAUCACUAUCAUCUACUGAUCUAAGCUCAAAGCCUAAGGAAUCUACAGAUUAUUAUUUCGAUUGGAAUACUAAUAAAAAUAUGGAUUUAUCAUUUUGGAUAGCUAACUCUUAA